CCGGAAGCGCGACUCCAACCCGGAAGCGGUUUUCUCCGUUGCGCCGGGAGCCGAAACAAACGAGCGGGGAGCGAUGAACGCGCCUCCGGCCUUCGAGUCCUUCUUGCUUUUCGAAGGAGAGAAAAAGAUUACAAUAAAUAAGGAUACCAAAGUGCCGAAUGCCUGCCUGUUUACCAUCAACAAGGAAGAUCACACGCUGGGGAAUAUCAUUAAAUCGCAGUUAUUGAAAGACCCUCAGGUGCUGUUUGCAGGGUACAAGGUCCCUCAUCCACUGGAGCAUAAGAUCAUCAUUCGUGUCCAGACCACCCCUGAUUACAGUCCCCAAGAAGCCUUCACCAACGCCAUCACAGAUCUCAUCAGCGAGCUCUCCCUCCUUGAGGAGAGGUUCCGGGUUGCCAUCAAAGACAAACAAGAAGGAAUUGAAUAAAUACAUGACAUUUUUGCCUAUCUGUUGUAAAUGUAUAAUUUAGUUUUUCCUUAUA